GUUCUGCACACCCCUCCCUCUCUCUCUUCUGCUCCUGUGCGCAAAAGACAUCCCCAAAACAAGUGAACCAAGCUGGAAAGAAAGACUGACCAACUGUGGUUUUAGGACAUAAACUAUAUUAUUUCGCUAGCGCAUUUGUCAAGAUAACUUUGCCUGGAAUCUUCCAAAUAAAGAAGUAGACCAGCGUAAAGGGCGAGAGGCGGAAACAGUUCGGAUCACUUUAGCGCACUAGGAUGGCGUCCAGUGACUCGAGGCUCCAGCAGCAGCCCUCACAGAAAGAUGCAGCCGAUCAGAACUUUGACUACAUGUUCAAACUGCUCAUCAUCGGGAACAGCAGCGUGGGCAAGACCUCUUUCCUGUUCCGAUACGCAGACGACUCCUUCACCUCAGCCUUCGUCAGCACCGUGGGCAUCGACUUCAAGGUCAAGACCGUGUUCCGCCAGGACAAGAGAAUCAAACUACAGAUCUGGGAUACAGCGGGACAGGAGCGUUACCGCACCAUCACCACAGCGUACUACAGAGGGGCUAUGGGCUUCCUCCUCAUGUACGACAUCACCAACCAGGACUCCUUCAACGCUGUGCAGGACUGGGCAACUCAGAUUAAGACGUACUCGUGGGACAAUGCGCAGGUGAUCCUUGUGGGGAAUAAGUGUGAUUUAGAAGACGACAGGCUCAUCCCAACAGAGGACGGGCAGCGGUUAGCAGAGGACUUAGGUUUUCAGUUCUUCGAGGCCAGUGCCAAAGACAACAUCAACGUAAAGCAGGUGUUUGAGCGGCUAGUGGACGUCAUCUGUGACAAGAUGAACGAGAGCAUGGACGGAGACAUGAAUCUUAUGUCCAACCACAGAACCCAAAACCUGAAGGACAUGUCCUCGGAGAACCAGGGCGGCUGCUCCUGUUAGGGUCCCUGGGUACUCUGGGAUACCAUGUGGAGCCCAAACCGUCCUGUGUGCCUCUGAUGCCAACCACUCCCCCUGGACCAGACCAGACUGUAGUGCUCUUCACCAAUCAUGGCAUCCUUAUUAUAAUCUUUUGUAAUAUAGGUAACUAUUGGUAACCAUAUAGUUGCAGUUCUCCAGUAGUGAUCUUGCCUUGGAGUUUUUUCAGAAUGGAGCUUGUGCUGGGUUGCCUGGCAAAUCUAGAAUAAUGUCUCUCUGUAUUUUUUAUAUAGAUUGAUAUCAGUCUGGUCCCCCCCAAACGUGAUCGUACAAUCAGUUUAUUUUUUUUCAGUGAUGCAUGUGAAACAAAGAAGCUCACUGGUCACCUUUGAUUUACAAAUAAAUCUAAUUUAUCUCACCUCAGAUUAACAGAGUUUAGUGCUUCGCUCAUUCAUUCUACAGAAAUCUGUGAUGUUUUUCACCCCUCUGUGAUAUUUUUGUCCUUUAUUUUUCCUAAUACGGAUGGACCACGCGUGUCCCCGAUUGGCUAAUCCACCUGUCAGUCACACCCAUUUUAAAACGGGGAGAUUCAUCGGUGACCAGACUCACAUCUUCGUAAGGUAUUGAAGAAGUGUGUAUUCUGGUUCCAGGCAAUGUGCACAAAAUUGAAAACUCUUUAAACACACUAAAACCAACAAUAAAUCUUUUAGGGUUAACGACAAAUGGAGAAAAUCUUUUUUUUUUUUAACAAAAAAAAUUUCUAUAUUCUCAUCCAAGUUACUGUGUGUUUUUAUUGCCUGACCUGGGUUAUAAUUAUGAUUUAUGAUAGACAAUAUUUAUUUGAACAACCUAAGCCUCAAUCCUUUUUCAUAUAAUUUUAUACUGGGAAUUCAUUCAGCUUCAACAACUAUGACUACUUAAAGGGCCCAUAUUAUGCUAUUUUGUGAUCUGUUAUAAUGCUGUUGUUUGCUCAUAAAAAAUAUACCUAAUAUAGGACCUUUAAUCAUUCUCAACAGUUGGCCCAUUAGUCACUUUGUUCUUUGAUAGGUUUUUAUGCCGAAUUACUGUCCACUCCUUUUCCAAUUUGUGUAGCAUGUGUAUAACCUUAGUUCGAAUAUCCUCAAAUAUCAAAAUGCAGCUCAUGUUUGUCUCCCAGUAGUACUAAUGAGAAAAUGGAUUGCAUGACAAAUCUGUACUUGCUAUGAGAUAAAUGACAUUCUGGUCUUUGAAUAGUCACUUUUUAAAACUAUAACUAAACUAUAUUGUGCUCAUUAUUUAUGAAACUUUGUGAAUAUUUUUGGAAUGUAAUUUUAAGUAUUAAAGUCCAUCUGCAACGGUGCAUGGCAAAUCAAGAAGCCAAGUGAUUCUUUGUAUACUCUCCAGUGCCUUUUUCACUCGCAUGCUGGUAACAGAUUGUCAGUUAGUGUGAACCACAACAGCGAUCCCACUUAACUUCUCAUGGUCAUUCACCACUCCCUGAUUUUGCUGUUCACUUAUCUCACUGGUCACUACUGCUGCUAAACAGUGAUAGUUCUAAGAAUGUAUUGCACAUAGCAUCUCACUUGGACCGGAUGAACUCUGGUAUAGUAUCAGUCAUUACACUAAAUCAUAUCUAAAACACUGUGCAUUUAGCCUGUGGAGUCAGCUGUGUUAAAAGAUUUCUGUGAACCACUUGUACUUUUGUGUUAUUGUGAUUUAUAAACUGUAUUUUGGUUUGGGACUGUCGUAAGCGAUAAAACUUUAUGUUUUUAACGUAGGUUUUGAAUGUGAUUAUUGUUUGAGGAAAAUAUCUAUUGGAUGGUAAAUAAAAUAAAAAAUAAAUAUGAAAUGCAGCUCUUUA